AUGAACGACCACUACCACAGGGCAGCCAGGGAUGGCUACCUCGACCUGCUGAAGGAAGCCACCAAGAAAGACCUCAACUCGCUGGAUGAGGAUGGCAUGACCCCAACCCUAUGGGCCGCCUACCAUGGCAACUUGGAUGCAUUAAGGCUGAUAGUUAGCAGAGGGUAAGUCCUGCCUUUUGCCCGGUUUUGACUUUGCUGUGAUGCAGGGCUCAGAGAAAAGUCCACGGCUCUUUCCCUUGACAGGCCACACAGCCUCGCAGGGAAUGAAAGCGAGGCAGGUGGAUUGAGCCUGCUUGUUUCUCCACACUUGGGGGGGAAUGUGUAAAUCUCUGCGAGUCUGAAUUUCCCAUACAGAUAUGUUGGGAAAGCAGAGAAGCUUUUGACUCGGUGCAGCUGUUGUGUUGGGUCAGUGGGCAAGAAAACCUCCUCCCCCAUCACCUUAUCCCAUCUUUUAACAAUUGUAUAUUUCACUGCCUGUGAAUGUCCUGGCUUGGUCUCCCUCCCUUGCAGAUUUCACCCUUAAAAAUAUCAUGAAUGGACGGACCUCAGCACUGUGUUCUCUCAAUGUUGGUUAAGAUGUUUGGUGCUUGGCUGGCAACUCUAGCCCCGUUCUCUUGUUUUAUCUGGUGAAGGCAGGGGUUGGUAACCCUCUCCUGUUAUGUGUGUCAAUAGUUUUAAAGAGACAUGAAAGUGGCUUUUUAGCAUUGCUUCCUCCAUGCACUCACACUUCUAUCAUCUCUAGGUUUUGUGUGCAUUUUGAAGCACUACAAAAACCUAACAAACUAUUAGAUGUGGGAGUUGGAUGGAGGAGAUCUCUCAACACUCCUCUCUCCCCAAAGCGAUUUGUUUUUCAAGCAAACUCUGGCUCAUGAGGCGUUGAUGGGGAUGUAUCGGCUGUUUUGUUAUAGCUUGAAGAGGGAAUUACUUAUCUAUGCACCCCUUCCAAAAUCCAUUGAAGACAGUGUGCUGAGAAGGAUGAAGGAGGCCUGCAAAAUAAGUGUGCUAAAGCACAGAUCAGACCUAUGUUCUUAUCUUCUCCAUUGCAAUCACUGAUGGUGUUAAUCAUAGAAGCUGCAAGAGGAAGAAUCUGAGAGGCAGAGAGGUAUCAGGAUAACUGGAUCCUCUUCCUGAAGGCAAGCCAGCCUCUGUGUCCCAGAAAAGCUGAACUUUUACAAGAUGAAAAUACAUGUUUUGGUUAUCUAUUGAAGAUGCGCACUGUGCAAAGGCAGCUCUAUCUAUUGGAUGAAGGCUAUGAGUUCUGUGGUAGUUCUGUGGUGAACAAAUAAUCAAAGCUGUCCUCAUUUCAGCCACCGCUGUUCACAAAUCUGCAAGAUUGGAGUGCUGUUGUUCCCAUUCCCCAAAUGAACUGAGGGAUAGGAAUGGAAGUUCACCUGAGGCCAGUCAGUGCAGAGCUCCAGCAUAGAUCAGUUGACCAGGGACCAUAGCUAGUACUGUAUGAGGUUUGUCGAAAUUGCUUGGGCAGGUGCUGCUGGACUAUUAGAAAUUCAAAGUAUUUAUUUAUUUAAGGUAUUCAUAUGCUGCUUAAUUGCUGAAGUGUCCAAGCAGUUCUCAGAUAGCUCCAGUGUGCAGGAACAGCAUAGGGGCCUAUAACCUUUUGGGCCAAAACAGGUCCCUUUCAAAAGGUCUUUUGAAAUCUCAGCUUUCGCACGGAAAGCAAAGAACAAGUCAUUACACUGACUUGCCUUACAUUGAGGCUUUUUUAUUUCCAUGAUUGCUAAUGCACACAUUUUUAUAUGUUUCUCCUCUGAGCACUAAAUAUGAGUGCUCUCAUUAUUAUCUGAUGGGUAAGCGGCAUUCCCCUAAUUUUUCAGUGUUGGCUGCAGUUCUAUACAAUUCUGCCACCCCCCAAAGGGGUUUAAAUGUGGAUUUCUGCAGAAAGGUACCUGAUGAUACAUUUGGACUGGAAUAGAUGUUCCUGGAUGAGCAUCUUCCCUGCAGCUCAGCUAGUGUUUAAUGAACUGAAAAUACUAUGUGCUUGCUGUCAGUGGGGAGGAUAUAGUAGAGAGGAAUGCUCAUGCCCUUUUGGUGAUGAAUGUUAUUAGGAAAAGACAGAUGAGGCUGGCUCUUUAAAAGGUGCUUUCAUCAUUGGCCCCAGUUUGUCAGAGAUGGAAGAAAUAUACCCUGGCGCUUAAUUAAUUUGCAAGAGGGAGGGAGGAGGCCUUGCUGCACUCAGAGAAGCAAAAUUAUUGAUGCUCAGUAUUGACUGGGAAAGUUUACCUGCAUCUGCAAUGUCACUAUUGUCCCCCUGUCCCCCAAUUAAAGACAGUAACAUAGCCUGUAUUGGCACAGUGCCUAGCUGCCGCAAGCAGAAAUCGGCAGGGAACUUAACUCUGUUGUAGAAGAUUAUGAGCUCCAGUUGUUUAGGUCUCCUGUUGGACAAAUACUUUUACACAAUUGCAACUAAUUCCUGCAGACAUUUAUGCACCAGUAAUCAGUGGCUGAAUGUGCUUUGGUGUGCUAGACUGGAGGAUAAAUUGCUGUCUGGACUGCCUCCCUAAGCUUUUCCAAAACGGAUAUCUGGUGAAUAUGGAGGCUGUGACCAUAGGCCUCAAUCCCAAAUCUUAUAUCAACUGCAUGCACCACUUUAUCCUCUCAAUGCACAACGUAGGGAACAAAGAGGCAAUACUACUGUUGCACACGAAGGAUUUGUCUGGGUGCACAGCUCUGCAGAAACACCACGUUUGUAUUUUGUGCAGCACAUGAUGAAGGCAGGAUUGUGGGGAAGACAGGAGGAUUUGGUGGUAGAUCUGCCCUGUUCAUUAGUCAGACAAAAGGCCUCUUUCAUCCUCCUGGCUGUGUGCUAAUGAGGGAAAGGAACACAAUUAAUGGGAUGGCUGGGAAAAGGGAGGCAAGCUGGCAUUUGGUGCCACAGCCUCCGAGAGAGACAAUUGCUCUUUAGUGUGAGUUUUUGACAAGCUCAUCAGCAGCAGUGCCCAAGAUGGGAGAUGGGCCAGCUUAUGAUUAGCUGGGCUUCACAAUGAAGGGUUUCAGGAGAUGAGGUGGCAGUGAAGUUGCCUUCUGUCCAAGUGGCAGUGUGCUAUUUUGGCAACAACACACUCAUUAAAGAAUGUGUCGUUCCCCCCCGUUUGCUUUAUUCCUGGGUGAAUGCCAGAGAUGCUCUCUUUUCAUAAUUCGGUUGUAGACCAAAUGCAGUGUGCAGUUCAGAUUUGCAGGAUGCAGAGACCCUGAUCUUAGCUAUACUUCCUGCUCUGGAUUUGAAUUCAUGGCUUCAGCUUGAUCCCACACUUCCUCACAGGAAGCAAACACCGUGAGGCAGGCUCUGGAGUGCAAAUGCAUUGAACUCCACCUGAUCUAGGCAGGGCUUAAGCUUCAGCUGGUGCAAAUCCAAAGUAAGAGGGGAGGGAAACAGCAAAAGGCUUUCAAACAGUUCUGGAAGUUUUGACGACCUGGGACUCCAAAGCGCAGCAUCGCCUGUUGCCAUAGUGACACCAGUUGAGUGACAGGUGGGCGGCCUGCCAGCCUUGUACAAAGGUUCCCCAUCCCUGAUGUAGGAUGUUUUCACAUUAGUGGCUUAACACACAGCAAGGUUGUUUUGCAAUCUGCUGUCUUCCUUAUAUUGUACCCUUCCUUCACCCCAAAUUUUGCACUCUCAUAGCUUCUCUCCCCUGCCUCUUCAUAUUUAUCCUGUAUGCUUGCCAUGCAUGCAUGCUACCCUCUCCCAUCCUUCCAUUCUCCAGCUAGGCACACCUGUUGGUGCCUCUUCCUGCCUUAGACAGGCUGCAGGGGAAAAAAUAUAAGCCGCCUUGAGCCUCUACAUCAAUUAUAAAUUUAAUUUGACAUUUUUAUGUAGCCCUCUAGGGCAAAAGAGGCAGAAGUCUUUUAAAAAUUUAGACAGACGCCACGGCCAAGAUCAUUUCCUUGUCUGGUUACUCAUGGCAAUAAUUGAUCCUUGCCCAGAAUCUGAGUUAAUUCUCUCUGAAGUCAGGACAUCAGUAAUUUGCAAGGCAAUAUUUUUAAUUACUGAGUAGUGAUCGUGAGGAUUGUAGAGGAUUGUAGACUUAUAGAAAUCCCAACAAGAUUUAGUUUACCAAAUGUUGUAAAGACACUUGAGCCUCUAUACUCAGUCUUGCUAACUUCUGCCCACUGAAAAAAAUCCCUGCAGUGGAGGAUACAGAUGGACACUUACUCCCCACUUAAAGAUUACAUGUUUCCAAAUGCAGUGGUACCUUAGUUUAAGAACAGCCCUGUUUACGAACUAUUUGGUAUAUGAACUCCGCAAAACCGGAAUUAGUGUUCCGGUUAGUGAACCUUACCUCUGUCUACGAACGAAGGACAAACGGUGGAAGGGCACCGAUGGCAGGAGGCCUCAUUAGGGAAAGCGCACCUCGGUUUAAGAACAGCUUUGGUUUAAGAAUGGACUUUUGGAACGGAUUAAGUUCGUAAACUGAGGUACCACUGUACUAGCCUGUUAUGUUCCCUUCCCUCUCAGAUUUCUGCCUGUUCCAGGAAGGCACUUCAUGAGAAGGCUGACAUGCAAGGAGAUAGAUGAGCACAGAAUGUUAGAGAUUUGUUUUUUUGUUUAUAAAGUUCCAAAAAUGUGUUGGACGUGAGUGACGCUAGAGCAAUUAAAAAUAAAAUCCACAGUGGCCCGGUGAUCUCUACAUCUUGCAGACGCUUCAACAGAACUCAGUGGUUCCCUUUAAUGUAGUUGUAGCAUCCUUUUCUGUAUUUAUUUUACAUUUAGACGCUGUGAUCCCAUACAUUUAAAAGUGUCAGGAAGGAGCAGAAAUUCAACAAAGGCCUUUUUACCCUGUCACGACAGCAUCACAAGGCCGGGCAAAGCUACAACCUUAGCAUUUCUGCCUAUCACAUGUCUGUUUAAGGCAUGGAAGCCAUGGCGGCAAAAAAUGGCAAUCCUAAAUACCUGUGAUUACUCAUAAAUAUUAUAUAUGCAAAUAGUGAGGGCCUGAUUUAUAGCUGUUGCAUCACUAUAUGUGGCAACAAACAGAUGGGGCUGAGGUUUACAGAAGAUAAAAAGAGGCUGCUCAAUGUAGGCCACUUGUUGGGUUAACAAAAGCAGGCGUUCUCAAACUAUCUGCUCCCUAGGACCCAUUUGGAACAGGCGGAAAUUACUGAAGCACACCCAUCACAAAAUGGUGGCAGAUGGAUGCAGACUUAGGCAUAAUCAGCUGGCCGCUGCUGACAUCACUUUCUAGUUACACCUAAUCCAUCUUUUGAAAUGGCCUACUUCUUGGCCACUGCAAUUUCCUUGCGUCAAGGAGUUCUAUAGUUCUGCUUACUAUAGACAUUUGCUCUGGAGGUAUGGUGUACCUCAGCCUUCCCAUUUUAGGCAGAAUUUGCUAAUCCAGAGGCUCCUAAUUAGAGAACUUAAUUUUUUUCUUUUAUAUCUUUAUCGUCUCAACUCCGCAUGCCUCUCAAAGUAUUUUUGCCCAUCUCCUGUGAUUUAUUUUCCCUUUCUUUCACACUAAACUUGGACCCAACUGCCAUUUCACUUGGUCCUUUAAUGUAAAACAGCUUUCUUCAUUUCUAUUCAUAAAUACAUACAGUGCUUUUUUUCUGGGCACCUCCUUUCCCCCCAAAUGUUAAAAGUGUGGCACUUGCUGUAACAACUUCACAGUCAGUACCGACAACUUCUUCUAUUUUUUUUAAAAAGCCGUGCAUACAUACAUACAUACAUACAUACAUAAUUUGAUUUGUCUGCCGCCCUUCCACAGUUCAAACUAUGCUCAAGGCAGCUUAAAACAGAAAAGAAUACAUACCUACAACAUAUCAAAGCUAGUUAUAAGUAAAACAUUAAAAAAUACAAAACCCAAAUCGAACAAUUCCUACAUGAAUCACAAAAAAAUCGUAAAUAAAGAUGCAAAAAACCAACAACAACCCCCUUAACAAAACACCCCAGUCCGAGUCCCCUCCAGAUAUACUAGUCCUAGUUUGUUCAUUAUAGUGGUACCUCGGGUUACAUAAGCUUCAGGUUACAGACUCCGCUAACCCAGAAAUAGUGCUUCAGGUUAAGAACUUUGCUUCAGGAUAAGAACAGAAAUCGGGCUCCGGUGGUGCAGUGACAGCGGGAGGCCCCAUUAGCUAAAGUGGUGCUUCAGGUUAAGAACAGUUUCAGGUUAAGAACAGACCUCCGGAAUGAAUUAAGUACUUAACCUGAGGUACCACUGUACUGUACUGCUAACAGCAACAGCAACAGCCACCACCUUUUGUCUGACUUUCUAAUUUCCUCCAUUACCUUCCCUGGUCCUUUCUCCUCAGAGGAGGGGGGACAUUUCUUUCCUCCUUUCCUUCCUGCCUCCCGUCUCCAGCCAUGUUUUCUCACCAUGUAAGCAGUUGGCUGGUGCUGCCAUUGGUCCAACCAAAAGGGUAUGGCGUGGCCAAGAAGAAGGGAAGGCAAGUGAGGAGUGAGCAGUGGCCAGACUGUGGCAUUGAGGCCCAUCUGAAAGUGUCCCAAGGCCCACUGGUGGGUCCCGGCCCACUCUUUGAGAAGCAGUUAUCUAUAGGGUAUUUUGGUGGCAUUUUUUUUUAAGGGAAGCGCUGUAGGUGCUUGGAAGCGGCAAUAUGUCACAAUUAAGCAAACAUCACAGCCAAUUAGAUUAUUAUUAACUGUGAUUAAGCUUGGGCUCACAUUAAUUGGAGCUUGAUGCAACCUUACCCCUUCCCAUGCACUUCCCCCAAUGCCAGCCGGGAAAUGUUCCACCUAGCAAAGGGACUUCCCCCUAGUUACUGGUUCUUGCUGAUUCCUGCUUCUGGUGGUUUUGUAACUGCCACCAGUCAUUGCACUUAAUUAUGUUUUUCCUGCCUGGAUGUUGUUAGCAGGGAUUACUGAAUUUCCCAUAAAGGAUGAUCUGGUAUCAGUCAAGUGGGGAGGAGGUUUUUGGACAGGCCUCUUCCUCUCCCUGCAUCCCAUGCCUACUUGGUCUCUCGUGUUCCUUGUAGCCCCGCUCACGCACCCUGUCCCACGUGACGAUGGUGUCCAACUGUGUUGCGGAAGCACUUCACAUCAUACCAGACAAAGGAGGCGGCCGUGCAGCGAGGUUACAGAAAUCCUACGCUGGAGCAGAAUGGAAAGCACACCAAUCUGGCACUUGGCACUGAAACUUGACCUAGUCGUGGAGUCUGUUUGCAGUAUGAGAGCCCUUCCAGUGUGGGAAUCAAGCAGCCCCGGAGCCAGGGCUGGCCCAAGUGUGGUGUAGUGGUUAAGAGCGGUAGACUCAUAAUCUGGUGAACUGGGUUUGCUUCCCUGCUCCUCCACAUGCAGCUGCUGGGUGACCUUGGGCUAGUCACAUUUCUUUGAAGUCUCUCAGCCCCACUCACCUCACAGAGUGUUUGUUGUGGGGGAGGAGGGGAAAGGAGAAUGUUAGCCACUUUGAGACUCCUUCGGCUAGUGAUAAAGUGGGAUAUCAAAUCCAAACUCUUCUUCUUCUUCAAGUCCUCUUGCUGCCUGAGGCAGACAAGAUGGCGUCCCUCCACAUUCCAAGCGCAGAAACCAAUUGGAAUGGCAGUGGAAUCUGAUAUCAACACUGGGGGUACAACAGCUUUCUCCACUGUAUCUGAGGCACCAGGCCACAGUAGCAUGAAGGACAAGCAGUGUGGCAACAGAAAGGAAUGGCAGAAGGGAUGUGUGUUCAAGAGGAACAUUUGAGGGCUGCUCCCUGAGGUGGUCACCCCACUCUGCCUAAUGCCCUGCCUGGAGCUGCCAGCAUCCCCCAUCUGCCUUGAGUACUAAUCCAUACCUCACCAUUUUAAUGUAAAGACCCUUCUUAAACAUUGGCUCUCCAAGAAGUCAUUUUCAUUGAAACAAAUUUCCAAAGUGAGUCUGUUGCAACCAAAAAAUGAGAGUAUUGUGGCAAAUUAAAGACUAAACAUCCUAUUUAGUAGUAGUAGCAGCAGUAGUAGUAGCAGUUUUAAGCUUAUGCUAUAAAAAUAUGGUUAAUCUUUCAAGGUUCCACAAGACUCUUCACUGAUUUUCCUUGAAGAGGCCCAGAUUGAAGAAUGAACCAACCAACCAACCAACCAACCAACCAACCAACCAACCAACCCCUUACAACCUGCCUCAAGAAAUCAUCCGGCAGCAGCAGAAGCUGCUAUCCAGACUCAGGCCUACCUUUUAGCAGGUGGAGGCAGGUCACAUUGGGCACUAGAUUUUAAAGAACCAUUUAAAGAGCAACAAGCUGUCAAUUGUGUCAUGAGACUAGCCACUAUUUGGGAGGUAGGUUCCACUGGGAUUUUUCCUGCUUCAGGCACUAAGAUGCCUUGGGCUGGGUAAGCAAGUGGGUGAAUGUAAGAGAGGACAAUAUGAGGCAUGCUGCUUCUUUCCAGCCCGGAUACUCUAUGGUUUAGCGGUUAAAUUUGUAUUGCAAUUUUCAAUAAUGAGGGGCUGCAGUACAAUGCGGUGCAAGGAACGGUUGUAUUGUACUUCGCAGCUCCCAUCUUGAAAGGACUGGAUAAAUUAAUGGAAGGUAAAGCUAUUAACGUCUACUAGCCAUGAUGGCUAUGCUCUGCCUCCAUGGUCACAGGAAGCAAUGGGAGGACAGAGUACCCUCAUGGCCGGAUCCUGUUUGCUUGUUUCCCAUAGGUGUCUGGUUGGCCACUGUGGGGACAGAAUGCCAUUGGCAGCUGGGUGGCCCAUUGGCUUACUCUAGCAGGAUUCUUAUGUCAAGUUCCAGCUCAGGGCAGUGAAAAAAUGCUCAUUGUGAAGUGGAUCUAAAUGGUUUUGCUUAACGUUUCAGUCGCUAAGCUUUGGUGAAUUCACAUUCCAACCAAAGGUUACGUGGGAAGCAACCAUCACCCACCUUCCCCUCAGCCCUGCCAAGCUGGGACAUUCUGAUGAGACGUGUUGAAAUUUCCUGCAUUGGCAACAAGAAUAUUUGAUAUAGCUGCAUUUUCCUGCCCUGGACCUGCACCCGAUACUGCUUUGUAUCGGUGUGAAAUAGAUUGCUUUAUUGGGAAACAAGCGGCAUUUCUCGCUUGCAGGGAGAAAACAAUAGGGUCUGAUUCCGCUUUUCCGGCUGCUUGCAAGCCUCCACGCCCAAUUCCAACGCACAUGUCUUCAUUCAGAACAAACAUAAACAAUGCUGCACACGCCCUGAGCUCACAGCCGGCUCCAGCAUUUACAGUUUCUGUGUCUCUUUAAGCAAUCGCCAUCAAUAAUUCACCCCUCUUGCAAUUCAUCAAAUAUUCAUCUUUUCCCUGAGUUCCCCACGACCGAUAGGCCAGUAUCAAGGUGAAGGGAUGAGGGCAGGCUGGCGAAGGAGUCGCAGCGAACCUGUUGCCAGCUCCUGGAUGGUACUCAUUUACCCAGGGCCACAAAGCAAAAGGAAACCUGUUCCAGCGUUCUGCUGCCAGACAACUUCAUCCUCCCACCUCCUGUUGCUGCUUGCUGGGCCUGGCUGGUUAGAUAGGUUUUGCUCUAUGUGGGAAACGCAACAGACAGCUUAUCUGGAGUUGGGUGGCUUAGAAAUCUUGUAUCGGUCACUCCAGCAUCUCAUUAAAUUAGGGAGAAGGCACGCCACUAAGCAACACUGCUCUUUUAAAAACGUGUCUUCUCCUUUUGCCUAUGUAGUUAACAAGCACUACUCAAAACAACAACAACACUCAGCUUUAUAUAUUAUAUUUGUAUGCUGCCUUUCCUCCAAAGAGAGUGAGGCAGCAUACAUGUUUUGCAAGUGGACUAGAGAACUGUACUGAUGGACAGCCAUAAAAAUGUAAAUAAAUGUUAAUGGGAAAAGGCAGUGUGCAGGGUACUCACUUCCCCUCCAUUUUAAGCGUCACAACAACCUUGUGAGGUGGGAUGCAUGCGUACGUAGUUUAUUUGUAUGCCACCUUUCCACAGUUCAAGCCGCGCUCAAGGCAGCUUACAACAUGAAAGAAACUUCACUGCAAUGUAACAAAAUUAGUCAUAAACAAUAAAUAAAACAUCAUAACUGAUAACAAUAUAAUUUUAUUUUUUUAAAAACCCCAACAUAACCAAGGCUUAUUCAUUCAAGCUCCAUAUCCAAGCAUUGUUUUUCUUUACCCCAGAGUUUUCCAUGUGAAGACCCAGUAUUGAGAGUUGUGCUGAUUGAGCGCUAAAGAGCAGGUUUUUUUGCAGGAAAAGCUCUGGGGCAAAAAUACCACAAUGCUUGGGUACAGAGAUUUCAAGCGCUGGCCUGUGCCUGGAAAGAGUGGGGCAAAAGUGUGGAUAAGCCCUAAGAGGUAGUAUGAUUGGCUCAAAGUCACCUAGGUAAGUUAAAGGUGAGUGGGAAUUUGAACCUAGGUCUCCUUGGUCUUACUGACGAUAAAGUUGUCAGUGCAGGGGACAUGCAUGACAGCUGGAUUUCCUUGAGGGAAAGGGCGGGACAUAAAAUAAAAUAACAAAACGUUGUUUGCAGGACUGAGUCUUGGUUUGCAUACUAGGGCAGCUUUUAGCAUGCCUGGUUAUACUAGCCUCCCAUUGCGCCGACUUUGCUGGGAAAAGGUGUGACCUGAUUAUAAGCUCGGUGCUAGUGAAGACUGUGGUUCUGGAGGUGGACUCACCUUUGCUCCCUCUUGAAAUGUGCUCCUGGCUAACUUGUCCUGGAUUUCUGGAGAAGAUAACCAAGGGCAUUUGAGCAGUCGUGAAUGGGUAGGGAGGAGCUGCUCUAAUUUGUGCAAUACCUCUAGUGCAGUUGAAAAGCAGGGAUUCGUUUCACCUCAUGCCCACACAAAAAAGGUUGAGAGAGUGCACAAUGUCUUACUUCAGUGUCAGUACUGCUUGCCACCUUUGCCACCCCCAAACUUCAAAUAUACCCUCUCUCACUCUGAGGAAGAGAAGAAGACUGAACAAGCACAGCAGGUCUGAAGCUAAGCUUUAAAAAAGGUCAGUAAUGCAUUGUGGAGAAGGGUGGAAAGAGAUCUGUUGACAGGAGAUGAAGGGAAGCUUAUUGGGUAUAAUUCUGCUUGUGUGGAUUUCCUCCUCCAAAAAAUGCUCCAGAAUUACUGUGAUUGAUUAACACGAGGGCCACAGGUAAGGUAAGCACCAGAAUAAGAAUGUGUAAAUUGAUUUGAUACAUUUCACAAGUCCUAAGCAACAUCUACUCAUUAGGUAUACAGGCUUCCUUGAUCACUAACUUAUUUGUUUCCUGCCUUUUAGGGGUGACCCAGACAAAUGUGAUAUCUGGGGGAACACGCCUCUUCAUCUGUCAGCAGCCAAUGGUCAUCUCAAUUGCCUCUCCUUCCUGGUGUCUUUUGGGGCCAACAUAUGGUGUUUGGACAAUGACUACCACACUCCGCUGGACAUGGCAGCCAUGAAGGGCCACAUGGAGUGUGUGCGUUAUUUGGACUCCAUUGCUGCCAAGCAGAGUGGCCUCAACCCCAAGCUGGUGAGCAAGCUGAAGGACAAGGCCUUCAAGGAUGCAGAGAAACGGAUUAAGGACUGUGUAAAGAUGCAGAAGAAGCACCACGAGAGGAUGGAGAAGCGGUACAAGAAGGAAAUGUCUGACCACUCAGACACUAUGAGUUUUUCCAGCUACUCCAGCAGCACUCUGAGCAGGAGGUUCCAGCACAUGUCUAUGAUGACUUCCUUGCCAUAUUCUCAGGCCACCAUACACGGCACAGCCAAGGGCAAGACCAAAAUCCAGAAGAAGCUGGAGAAAAAGAAGCAAGUGGAUGGCACCUUCAAAAUCUACGAGGACGGGAGGAAAAGUGUGAGGUCCUUGUCUGGUUUGCAGCUGGGCAAUGACGUCAUGUUUGUGAAACAAGGCACCUACGUUAGCCCAAAGGACUGGACCCGGCGCAACGUUAGGGACAUGUUUAUGACGGACGAAGAUACUGUCUCCCGUGCCAUAAGUGACCCAGGUUUGCACAUGGACUCGGCCCAUUCUGAGGUCAGCACUGAUUCUGGUCACGACUCCUUAUUCAAUCGACCUGGACUUGGCACGAUGGUUUUCCGGAGGAACUAUGUCAGUAGCGGACUGUUUGGAAUUGGCCAGGAUGACCCCAGCAUGCUGGGAGAGGACAGGAUGGGUGUUAAACUCCACAACCGCCUGCAGCGCUCGCCAAGUCUCAAUGACAGCAUCGGCAGUGCCAACAGCCUGCAGGAGAGGAAUGUGGAGGAGCUGCCGUGGGAUGAGGUGGAGCUGGGCCUGGAUGAUGAUAUUGAACCCGAGACAAGCCCUCUGGAGACCUUUCUGGCUUCCUUGCAUAUGUCUGAGUUCAUUUCAAUCCUCAAGAAGGAGAAGAUUGACCUGGAAGCUCUUAUGCUGUGUUCGGACAAUGAUCUGAAAAGCAUCAACAUUCCACUGGGGCCCCGGAAAAAGAUGCUGGAUGCUUGCAAGAGGAGGAGACAGACUAUGGAGAACCCUGAAGUCAUAGAAGACACUGAGCUGUAAGCAAUUGAGCCCCCUCCUUUCACACUCAUGGAAUGCACACAGGUCUUCAGCAUGUGAUGCGCAUAGCAUAGAAUGGUACUUCUUACGUACAUUCAUAUUAUGUAUUUGAAUAACAGGAAUUCUCCGAUAGACCAGGGUGCUAGGAGAAUGUCUGCGUAGCGUACGGUAGAAAAUUGCCAGCAGAAAGAACUUGACUUGACUGACAAAAAUGAAUUUAUACAAAUGUUUCAAUAUUUGCAAGCUGGGUACACAAGUUGCCUUGAGGUAAUGUCUUAAAUCAGAUUCUUUUUGCUACCUAGAUUAAGGUAGUGUUGGUAUCAAUAUAAUUUUUACCCAGUGAAAUCAACACUAACAUGCUGCCAUUAAAGCCACUGGAGGCCAUUUUUAACCAGUCUUGGCCAAACAAACAGACAAAAGCUGAGCUUCUAGGGACAGACCUUGGGCUACUCCAUACCCUUACAGGACAGGUCUUCUUAUGGACUUUUGGGCUCACGCCAUCUGAUCAGCAAACUCACAAGCACAGUACUGGCAGAGCCACCUCCUGCUGCUUCAGAUGUUGCAUUGCAUCACCAUCUGCUAAAAGAGCGUGUUGUGUGGUGGUGGGGAGACUUCCCUUUGGCUGUUGCUUACUGGCCCAUAGCCCCAUACUAUUUGUACCUGUCCAACAGCUAGUUCGGGCCUGUUGGUAGCUUUAAAGCAGGCAUGAGAAACUCAUAGCCCUUCAGAUGCUAGACUACAGCUCCCAUAAUUCUUGUACAUUGGAUUAUGCUGGCUGAGGCUCAUGGGACUCAGCAUCUGGAAGGCCAGAGUUUCCCCACCAUCCCUUAAAAGGCAAAAAUAGUAUUCAGGUGGUUGGUCUGAAGAAAAGAUAGAUCUGGCUUUGUAAACAGACUCUCAUCUACUUAAUCAGUGGCUGCCGUCAGAUAAUAUAUUUCUUAUGUGACAGCAUGGGAGCCUUCAAUUAAUCAUAGUGUUGGCAUAAAAAACCUGUGCCACUUCUUGGUAAACCGCAAGCCUGUUACUCUUAUUCUUAUUCCUAGCCUCAAGUGGUUAUUUGUAAAGCAGGUCUGAAGAUUUAAGUAUGCAUCUUUACUUGUUGCAAAGAAUGGAGGACAGGAACUGCAAUCUCCUAGGCAGCUUUGAGGAACGUUUUGUGGAAUGCUGGAUUUACAGUGGGCUCCUCACAGAUACCAGUAAUAUUUUUGUUGCUUCAUGCUUUUGUAUCAGUGAUGACUCCGUAGCCCUGAAAAGCUCAGUAAUUGUACCUUAAUGUCCUUUUACGUUAACAAAAUUUCUUUUCUCCGUUGCAGAUAGCUGUUUUUAAGGAACAAGAAACGAACAGGAAAACAAAACCCCAGUUCUAAGUUGCCAGAAAACAUCUCCCAGUGAUCCUAACAGUGGGAAAUAAUGAACGCCAUAAUAAAAGGCCCAAUUCUAACCACCUCUCCACUUCCUUUCUCUGCUUUCCUGUCUGCAGACUUUUGCCAGACAACAGCCUCUUGCUUAAGAGCAUUUUGGGGAUAUGAGUUGCACUACACUAAUCUAACCAUGCAGUCUUAUACAUGUCUACUCAGAAGUAAGCCCCAUCAAGUCCAACAGGACUUACAGGGCCUGUGGCGCUCCAGCUGUUGUCGAACACUUUCCUCCACCACAGGUUUUCCAGGCCUAUCCUAUAUGAACAGCGACGGAUGAAGGAGCUUCAUUUGAACCAAACCUUCACGACUCUGUGAUUACCACCACCAAGAUUUGCAAUGUCAGUGGAGUCCCACCAGUAUUGUAACUUUGGCUUUCACAUUGUGAAGCCACCAUGCUUAGGGCCAAGUUGAGCAGGAGCUCACCUGCAUUUCCUGCUCUGAGAACACUAGGGAAAUUGUUCUUAUUCCAAGUAACUUUGCACAGUUCAGGCUGCUUGACUUGGAGUGGGAGGCAAAUGUAUGGAAAUAGGCAUGAGUGGAAUUAGUUUAUUUUUUAUGCCAGCCUUGUCUUUAUGCCUGCUGCUUUCACUUACUGUGACUGGAAUGAACACACACACACACACACACACACACACACACACACACAGAGUCUUAAGCCUCUCUUCCCCACAAGGUUUAUAUUUUUGCUUGGAUGGGCUGGUCUGUGUUAUAGAACUUCUCCUGGUGAUGCUUCUUCAUCAGUUUUGCAAAGGCUUUGUUGCAAUGUUUUAAAUAAAGGUAAAACAAGCUAAGCCAUACCAAUGGGAUUGGUGAAGAAAACUCCACUGACAAAAUAUAGGGGCAGACCUUUCAGCACUGGACAGCUUAUUGUCAUGUGUAAACAUAGGGUCCCUCCACUCACAGAACUGUAGAGGGUCAUCUAGUCCAACCCCCUAGGAAUGCAGGAUCCUGCCUACAGCCGCUGCCCCUGUGCCACUGUCAUUUGACAGCAAUUAAGAGCAUCUGAUCACAUUUGCAUGUGGUUUGAAUCCAAAGGACCAAUACUGGGCAAAUUUAAACUGUGGUAAACUGAAUUUUAGCCAAGCUCUUUGUUUAUAUUAGCCAUUAAACGAACAACCUAAACUUGGUUGCAAUUCUCAAGCCUACUUUUAUUCAGUAGGAUUUCUCUGGAGCAAGUGUUGUGUGGAUUGAGAUCAUGGAGAGAAACUGUUUCCCUUUCUCCACUUUACAUGACUCUCUUGUGCCCGACCAUAUCUACAGUGUAUAUCUUUCAGGCUGCAAUCUUAUGUGUACUUGGCAGUAAGCCUGACUGAACAUCAGUGGGCGGAAUCCAAUGUUGUGCAAACUUUCUCUUGCACAAUGGGCCUUCACUGCUUCCUUCUCUCUCUCCUGUGAACACCCAAAUUUUGCUCUGGAUAGGGAAUCCCCACCAUCCAGAACACAUAUUCUGAGGUGUGAAGAGGGCUGGGAGAGGGAGAAGGUGAAGUCCUAUUGCAUGAGCAGAAGUCAAUUUUACAAUCUAACAGGGACUCAUUUCUGAGUAAAUAUGCAUAGAAUUGGGCUGAAGUGGUAAAUGUUUGUGCAUUUACAGUACAUCUCCUAUCUUCUGUGGAUGUUUGGUAUGUUUUGUAUUCCUUGUAUGUAUGUAUGUAUGUAUGUAUAUCCAACCCGUAAAAGGACCCUGUUGUUUACUGCUUAUUUAUUAUACCAUGUGCAUACUAUUCCCUGCCACUGCCUGAUUACAAUAUUUUUAAUAAAAAGAACCUGGC